GCUACCCGUUCCCAUAGAGAAGCUGUUCCGUCAGCCGGCCUCCCCUCCCCGGCCUCCCCGCCUCGCGCUCCCCCUGCCGGCCGAGCCAGCCUCCUCUCCCUUCCCACAAUGCCCGUUGAGGCUGCUUCUGCCGCGGCUGCCUCAGCUCCAAGAUGGCGCAGGCGAUAUUCGAGGCGCUGGAAGGAAUGGAUAAUCAAACAGUCUUAGCUGUUCAGUCCUUGUUAGAUGGCCAAGGAGGAGUAGCAGAUCCAUCAACACAAACUGUCAAUGCAUCUACCACCAUUCAGACCAUGGAUGAUGAUGACGUAUUCCUUUGUGGGAAGUGUAAGAAGCAAUUCAAUUCGCUGCCAACAUUCAUGACCCAUAAGCGAGAACAAUGUCAAGGCAAUUCCCCCUCACUGGCUACAGUGUCCUUGGCCACUAACAGUGGCUACACGCCGUCCAUUACGUCAGUGCACCAAGCUCAGGCCACAAAUCGCCAGAUCUCUACAUACAUUACAGUCCCACCGUCUCCUCUGAUCCAGACAUUAGUACAAGGGAAUAUUUUAGUAAGUGAUGAAGUGCUGAUGUCAGCUAUGUCUGCUUUUACAACUCUGGACCAACCACCAAUCUCCAAUGUACAACCCUCUGUUCAGAACAGCCUGAAUAUGCAUGCUGGAGCAGGAUACCUUUCUCAACCACCGCCACCUCCUCCUCCACCACCUCCUCAGCCUCCCCCUCCUCCACCUCCAAGCCUUGGAGCACCAGUCCAAGCCAGUGCUCGUAGCAGAGGCGUUGUGGAAGUGUACAGUGCUCCUCCCUCCAUGGUUAGGAAUGGUGCAGUAGAGAUACAGAAUCUGGGGAUGCAGCCCUACCCACCUAUGGAGGUGCCCAGCCAAUGUGUGGAAUCCUCUGUGUACCACUCUCCUCCAGUGUACAGUCCAGGCAAACAAGGUUUUAAGUCCAAAAGCCCGAAUACUGCUCAUCCCUUGAACAAUACAUGUAGGGGAAAUGUGACCAAUUUUGAUUCAACCUUAAAGAACCGGCGUUCUAAACCAGAUAGCACUUUUCUGGAAGGGAAACCUAAAUCACCCAAACUGAAAUGUACAUACUGUGACAAGACUUUUACCAAAAACUUUGACUUGCAGCAGCAUAUCAGAAGUCACACAGGGGAAAAGCCCUUCCAGUGCAUCGUUUGUGGCCGUGCCUUUGCACAAAAGUCCAACGUGAAGAAGCACAUGCAGACGCAUAAGGUGUGGCCACCAGGAGUUGGGUGUACCAUCUCUCGGAGCUCUGUCACUGUGCAAGUCAUGCCACUCAACCCCAAUCAGCAGGAGGAUGAGGAAAAUGCAGGCCUAAACCCACCUCCAAGAAACAGUCCCCCACAACCUCAGGCCAUGCCUCCAACCCAAGAGCAUGAAUCCAGCAAAUUGGAAGCCAAGCAAGUGGUCUUGAUAGACAGUUCUUACCAGUGCCAGUUCUGUCCCAACAAAUUCAGCACAUACUUCCAACUGAAAUCACACAUGACUCAGCACAAACAUGAGCAGGUUUACAAGUGUGUUGUGAAAAGUUGUGCACAGACUUUUCAGAAGCUGGACUCUUUCUUAGAACAUAUCAAGAACCACCAGGAGGAGCUGAGCUAUCGCUGCCACCUCUGCAUCAAGGACUUUUCUUCCUUAUAUGAACUGGGCAUCCACCAAUAUUCCCACAGUCUGCUGCCUCAACACAGUCCAAAGAAAGACUUGGCCAUUUACAAGUGUGUCAAGUGUGUAAAUAAAUAUUCCACACCAGAAGCCCUGGAUCAUCAUUUACAGACUGCAACACACAAUUUCCCCUGCCCUCACUGUCAAAAGGUGUUCCCCUGUGAGAGGUACCUGAGACGGCACCUCCCUACGCAUGGAGGUGGAGGUAAAUUCAGAUGCCAGAUCUGCAAGAAAUUAUUCCGCCGAGAACACUACCUCAAACUACAUGCUCACAUUCACUCUGGUGAAAAGCCUUUCAAAUGCUCCGUGUGUGACUCAGCCUUUAACCGGAAAGAUAAACUCAAAAGGCACAUGCUGAUCCAUGAGCCUUUCAAGAAGUAUAAAUGUCCAUUCUCAAAUCAUACAGGCUGCAAUAAAGAGUUCAACAGGCCAGACAAGUUGAAAGCUCACAUUCUUUCCCAUUCAGGGAUGAAGAUCCACAAGUGCCAAUACUGCCACAAGGCCUUUAGCCGGCGAGCUCACAUGGCGGAACAUCAACGUGCUCACACAGGCAACUACAGGUACCGUUGCCCUACCUGUAGUAAAGGCUUUACACGACAGAAAUACAUGAAAGACCACAACUGCAGGCUGAGCCUACCCAAGGACAAAGAAUUGCCAAUCAGAAGGUCCCAGAAGAAGUGGGGAACUCGUGGGCGGAAAGUGGGACUUUCUCUUUCAACUCAACUGGCCUUGGCGGAAUUAAAAGACAAUGCAGGUGGAGAGAAUCCUCAAAAAAGUGGUUCCAAUAAAGAACGGUUUCCAGAGUCUGACACAGUCCUGUCCAUUGUGGUUGGCAGGCCAGCCCCAAUACCAUCCUCAAAUUCAGACCAUGGCCACUCUAACCAGCGCAGUGGCAUCCCAUCCAACCUUUCUCUCACUGAGUUGCAACCUGGGUCAAGGAACCCAUGUGGCAUGCUGGCAGUCCCUGUUUACAUUCAGGCUACUGACUGACUGAAUAAUACUGUGAUUUGUGGGCUACCUUAGUGGGAAGAAGGUUCCUCUUGGCUUUGGCAGAACUGGACUAUAGCCAGGGACCAGAAAGGCAUGGGAAAGGUGUGUGUUCAUAAAUGUUGGGCUGCUGGGAGCAGGAAAUGCAUUGAGAAAGGAGAAUUUUCAAGAAAGCAUACUCCAGCAGAGCCACUGAAAAUAUAGUUGCAUUUUUUGGUUAAUGGUCACUGGUUAAUGAGGUUCAUGUUCUGUCCUGAACCCAGUGAGAACCACAAUCCUGAUGAGUGCAGAAUUCUGCAGAUUUCUUCAGCCUAUGUUAAAGUCUAUCCCAUUUGUGGCUAUGCUCUGAAAUCUGCAUUGCCCUGCACUGUGAUGGUUUGCCUUUCCUUUUCAAGCAAGUUCAUUAUGUAGCUAAUGAAGGGAAAGUUUCUAUUAGACUGGCAUUAUGCAAUGACCUCAAAACUUCUGGAACAAUUGCCUAGAGAUGAACAAAUAAGCAUGUAUUAUGGGCCUGGCAAGUGCACUAAGAAAUAAUGACAGUUUAAUAUGAUUGUUAUGUUGGGUGUUGACAGACCACUUGGAUUUGAUGUUACAUUUUGAAAAUAUGUCAGAAUUGUCAUGCUAUCCAAAUUUCAGCUGUUUUUGGUUGUGACCAUUCGCUUCAGGAAAACUGAUGCAUUCUGUGACACUAAAGCUUCAUCAAUCCCUCA